AUGGUCUAGGGGACAGCUUAAUCCAUUCGCCACCGAAUUUCGAGAACGCGAAAUACAGCACCCACCAAAAGAGAUCUUUCAAAACGGAUACCAAGUCAUGGCUUCGCUACUCAUUUUCACCUCGAUCAUCUUCAUUUCUUUCGGUUCCAACCGAUCGAACAUGUUCGGUUGUGGGACCAACAAGAACUAUUACCACAAAGCAUGGAAUGGCAAUAGCUGGGUCCCUUCUAAGACCACGUGGGACAAUAUGGGAGGAAACUUCAACUGGGCUCCCACGGCCGUGACGUGGCCAGGGUCCGGCAAUAUGGUCAUGAUGGGUGUUGGGAGCGAUGGCCAGAUGUGGAGCCGCAACGGGGCCUCCGGCGGCUCAUGGGACAGUUGGAACAACAUGGGCGGAUCGUUCGCCUCAGCUCCGGCGUCCACCUCCUGGGGUUCCUCGAGCAUGGCCGUCUCCGGCGUGGGCACCGAUGGCGCCAUGUGGACGAGUACCAACACCGGAUCUGGAUGGUCGAGCUGGGAGUCUCUUGGCGGUACCUUCAUGGCGGCGCCGCCAUCGAUGGUGACAUGGGGGUCCAAUCAACGCAGCGUAAUGGGCAUUGGGACAGACCGAGGGGUGUGGAUGAAGACGUGGUCCGGGAGCAGUUGGGGCAACUGGCAAGGUCUUGGCGGCACGUUCAUCAGUGUCGUUAUUGUCAUCUCGAGGGGCUCCGGCUUCAUGAAUGUGUUUGGUAUUGGGUCGGACCAACAGAUGUGGAUGCGCGCUUACUCAGGCGGCACUUGGGGAAGCUGGCAAUCUCUCGGAGGGACAUUCAGCAGUGCACCGGGAGCCGUGUCCUGGGGCUCAGACCGGAUGGACUGCUAUGGAAAGGGGACAGAUGGAAAUACUUGGCAUAAAAUGUGGACGAGCUCCGGAGGUUGGGGCAGCUGGGAGAAUAUGGGUAAUGCUUGCGAGGGUGCCCCUGCAGCGGGCUCUUGGGGCUCUAACCAGAUGAGCGUUGGGUGUACGGGUACCGACGGUUCGAUGAUGAUGAAGAGCUGGAAUGGGACGGGGUGGACGCCUUCGGGGUCGACGUGGGAUAAUAUGGGAGGUUCCUUUGUCGACGACGGUGCGUGAGCGAUACCUUUGCCAGACUGUCGCACCGAAUGGGCGAACUGCACGGGGAUAAGUGGUGCGAGGGUAUCUAACCGGCAAGAACAUCACAAGCCGAUCGGCAUGGGUCUAGUACAACUAUCACUCACUCACUAUAUAUGGUAAGGUAGGGAGGCUCCUAUAUUUCCAGAUGGCUGACCCAGGCAUUCCUGGAGA